GUAGCAGAGUGAGAGAUAGCGCAAGUGAGCUCCGAGUGGGGAGAGGAGGGGCUUUUAGACUCCAGAACAACACUGGCGUGAGUGAGACUAUAGAAAGGAGAGAGAAUGCGGCAGAAGGAGGGAGCAGACCGCUAGUGGCUGACUCUGGGAGAGAGAGAUAGAGACGGAUUCUCACUUCUUUUCAUUGGCUUUUCCCUGCUUCUUUUCUCUGCACUUGUUUUGUCUUUUUUUAUCACUCUGCACUCAUUUGCUCUCAGUGUCUCUGUCCCUCUUUCUUUCCAGCUGCUGAUUCUGUCUCUUCCUGCAGCCUUUACUCCUCUGUCCAACAUUCUGACUUGCUACUAUCUGUCUGUCUGUCCUCCUCCUUCUCACCUAUGGCUACCUGACAGUCAACUUCCUCUCCUACUCUCUUUUUCACAACCAUCUCCUUUUUCCUUCCUCAGUUUCACCCAUGUCUUUACUUUGAUCUUUCCUUUCCUUGCACCGGUCUGCCACCUAUCUGUUGUCUUUUGGUGCGAGGAUGCCAGUACUGGAUGGGUUCUGGGGCCCUGAUCUCAAGAUGCGGGACUCCAAUCUUGGCGUUGAAGUUGAAGUUGGGGUCUGUCCAAACGAGGCUCCCCGCUCGCCAGUCUGGGGGCCUCUCAGGACACCUCCUAUUACCUGUGGGGGCCUGUCAUUGGCCCUGGAGCUUCCGGCUCUCAUACGGCAGCUCAGGGAAGCCUGGAAGGCUCGCAGAGGAGGCCCCCGGGGGCCCGAGAGAAGUCAGGCGAGCACUUGGGUGGAAUCAGAGAAGGAAGAGGUAGAGGAGGUGAAGCAUGACGUAGAGGACAGAAGCGGUCAUCUGAAAGCUGAUGGCAGACUGAACACUGGUCAUGCUGGUGUGCUGCUGGUUGAGAGACGAGGCUCCUACCCGCUGAUUGACCUGCGAAUCCUAAAAACCAGUGCCCAGCAGGGGGAGGUAGAGGCCGGCACCAGGAGAAAGAUGAAGCGUCUGCUGAGCUUUCAGAGAUACUGCCAUGCCUCCAGGCUGCUCAGGGGGUUGGUGCCCCACACCCCCGGGUCACUACACCUACUAGACGAUGACUACCUGGGACAAGCUGCACACAUGCUAUCAAAAGUAGGCAAAUGGAACUUUGACAUUUUCCUCUUUGAUCGUCUUACAAAUGGUAACAGCCUGGUGACUCUGAUGUGCCAUCUCUUCAAUGUCUACGGUCUCGUUCACCACUUCCAGCUGGACAUGGUCAAACUGCACAGGUUUCUCGGCAUGGUGCAAGAGGACUACCACUCCCAGAAUCCCUAUCACAAUGCUGUUCAUGCUGCUGAUGUCACCCAAGCCAUGUACUGCUACCUGAAGGAGCCCAAGCUGGCAGAGCAACUGAGUCCUCUAGACGUGUUCCUGGGUCUGAUGGCAGCCGCCACCCACGACGUUGACCAUCCUGGAGUCAACCAGCCCUUCCUCAUUAAGACCAGACACCACCUGGCAUCCCUCUACCAGAACACGUCUGUGCUGGAGAGUCACCACUGGAGAUCCACUGUAGGCAUGCUGCGAGAGUCACGACUGCUGUCCCACUUGCCUGCUGACAUGCAGGACAUGGAACAGCAGCUGGGCUCUCUCAUCCUGGCUACAGACAUCAGCAGGCAGAAUGAGUUCCUGUCAACCUUCAGAGAACAUCUGGACAACCAGGACCUGGACCUUCAGCUUGCUUCUCACAGGCACUUUAUACUCCAGAUUGCUCUGAAGUGUGCAGACGUCUGUAAUCCAUGUCGGUUUUGGGAGCUGAGCAAACAGUGGAGUGAGAGGGUGUGUGAGGAGUUCUACAGGCAAGGUGACCUGGAAAGAAAGUUUGACUUUGAGAUUAGUCCUCAGUGUAACCAACAGGCUGACUCUGUCCCAGCCAUUCAGAUAGGGUUCAUCUCCUACAUCGUGGAGCCUCUGUUUGAGGAGUGGCUCCGCUUCACCGAGCCCAGCCCGCUCAGCCAGAACAUGAUGGGUCACCUGUACAAGAACAAGGCCCGCUGGAGCCGCCUACGAUACGCACACACACCGUCAGACACCCAAACUCACUCCCAUGCCGAGGAGCCCAGAGGAGGAGGAGGAGAGGGGGGAGACAUCUCUUAAUCUUUCUCUUGUUUCUCGAGGUAUUUGAUCUUCCUUUUGUAAACAGAGGAGUGGAGUGUUUAUCCACCUCCUUGUUUGUCCUCCAGCAUAUUUUCUCCAACUGCCGGUGGUUUACAGGCUCUAAACAUGGAAGCACUGGAUGGGAGUCUGGCUUCAAUUCAUGAGAUAUGGCUCCCUCUGCUGGAGCGGAGGACCGUAGCCCUGCAGGGGAAAAAAAGAAGACUGAGAGAAAUUCAUGGUAGGGCAGAUGGAUGGAUAAUCUUAAUAAAUAUGCCAAUUUGACAAAGUCAUGCCUUUACCACAGUGGUAUCUGCUGCAAAGUAUCAGUAGAAAAGCAGGAAUUAAAAGGUUAGCUGAAAGCAGAAGAGGGAUCAGUGAAGACAAGUUUUAAUGUUUGCACAAUUCUGCUAGAACAAUAAAGAAAUGAGAAAGCCAAAAUUGUGUACAAGUCAGACAUAAAAAUAUAUGAAAAAAAGAAAAUAUAUCCACUAUACUAUAAGUUUUAAACUUUUCAACAAUACAUACUGUAUUAAGCUCUUUACACUGUUUCACUUUUUUUUGUACAGCUUGCACUUCUAUUGGAUACUCACUUAUCUACUUUUUACUAAAGUGCGUUUUUAACUCACUAAGUUGGUACUAUACUGUACAAUGUAUUCUCUUUGAACUGUGUAAGACUGACUGACUGAACUGACCGACACAAUUAAUGAUCAACACAAAUUGGCUACAGCUGGUGUCGCUCAGUUGCUUAACGCUGAUAUUGAUAGUUCAUCAGCUGGAUGUUUUUGGACUCACCGAUGUGGAGAACACAAACUGGAGCAGUUUUCCACAGUGUUUGUGUUCAUGUAGUCUAUAGCCACGACGUUCCACUUCCGGGAUUGCUCCGGUGCAUCGGAAAUUCUGCCGGAUGUCCCUCUUUUAGGCCGGAUGUCCGUUACCUUUUGCUUUCUUAGUGUUGGAAUUUUAAACUCCGGGGGAUUUAUGAGGACUA